AUGUUGGGAAAUUUGGAUGUAAAAAUAUGCAGAACAACUACUAGCCAGUUGUCUGCAUAGGAUCUCGACGAGACCUACAUCAUCUAACGGCCUGUAGGAUAGGGAAAAUAUGGAUAGGUCUUUAGGGCUUAAAACAAAUUGAACAAGUAGAUUGUUGCCUUAAAAAAAAUAAAAUAAGAGAAAGAGGCCAAUGGAUUUCCGCGAACGGCAAUGAGAGAAAUUCAUCUGCUUUCAUCAAUAAAGCAUCAAAAUAUAGUGAGUUUUCAAGAAGUCGUCGUAUAAUCUAAGAACACAUAUUUAGUACUGGAAUACAUGGACACGGACCUGCAUAAUCUGUUAUAGAGACGAAUAGUUUUUAGUUUAGAUCAAGUUCGAUAUUUGAUGUAUCAAAUACUUGAAGCACUUUCUUAUCUGCAUUCCAGGAAUGUGUACCAUAGGGAUUUGAAGCCCAAUAACAUACUCUACAACGUCAAGGGAUAAGUAAAGAUCUGCGAUUUUGGAAUGGCCAAUGAAUAUUCAAAAAAGAGACCAUAAACCAAGCGGAUAUUGGUUCCCCAAUACAGAGCUCCUGAAAUCUACCUAGGCGGUUAGUACGAUUGUUCGGUUGAUGUGUGGUCAGCUGGCAUCCUCUUUCUUGAGCUAAUAGUAAAACCAAGUCCCUUUGUGUUGGCAAAAUCGGAAUCUCAAUGCUUUUCAAAAAUAAUCGAUCUUUGUGGAACUCCUACGGAAGAUGUGAGUUCACUUCCCCUUUACCAUGAAUUAAUUAAUGAACCGAAGGAAAGGACAUUACGCAAGUACUUGCACGCUCAAUAAAAUGCCAUGCCUCAACUCAUCGAUCUUAUUGAUAAAAUGCUGACUCUGAAUCCAGCAAAGAGGAUUACUGCCAAAGAAGCAUUGAAACACUAAUACUUCCAAACCAGAAUCUUUGUCAUGAUGCCCGUAAUCGAAUAGGAUGCACAGCCACCAAAGGACCCUCCCAUUCAAAAGAAGGUUAAACAGGAGCAACAAAAACCUUUAUUACAGGGUAUCAAAAUUAAUAAAUGUAUGUGA